GCAAGGUUACUUUUUCAUCAUUGUGGUAACUGCAAACGGUCGCUGUCUGAGGCAACUGCUAAACGAGGGCUAUCUGUAGCCCAAUGUGAUGUGGAUGCAAUAAGCAGUCUGCUUGCUACUUUUUACAACAGUUGAAAGUUCUGGGUGUUCCUGCAGACUCGCAGUAUAAUAGUGCAAGUAUGAUGUAAUCAGGGCAUGGGUUACUAUAGCGAAGUUGGACCAUUUGAAUAAAACCUGUAGCUGGAGCAUUGAAGGCAGUUGUGUAAACACAUGCUUUGCCUCCACCCUCACCUGAAAAUCUGGGGACAGAAGAGGAUCAAAAAGCACUCCCAAGCUAGCAAUACGAAGGGAAAUGCAACCUUUAGCUUCAUGUAAUUGUGUUUAAUAACACAGGAGACAAGCUGUAAGUCUGGGCAACACUACUUCUGGGGGUCUUUUGAAAAUGGGGUGAGGCAAUGUUCUUUUGGCAGCACGAUGGUUGAAUAACUCUAGGAGAUGCUGAUGGGGAUCUUCCGUUAAAUCCUGCAUGGGAUGGAAAUCACAUAAAAACAUGAUGCAACAUUUCAUCAACAAGUGUCCAUCAACAAAAGAAACAUUUUUGGAACGGAAACGGGACUGUCCAACAAACAAGAAGUCAGAGGUCCAAGGAGAUAGAGAGAAAGAAAGAGAAACUAAGAAGGUUGAGUGUUUUUUGGAUUGUGUCAAGGUCCGUGGUAAGAUUAGUGAAUUUCUUGGUACUUGUGGUGCUGGAUGUUCUGAAAAUACAGGAAGGUAUUGGAUCGGAACCCUCAAUUAAUUUUGUUAUGAAUGGAUUAUGCUAUUUAAAUUUUCUUCUGUAUGCUGGGAGAUGCUUAAGCCAUGGAUGCCAGAAACAGCAUCAUUAAAAAUAUGAAGGUGUCUGUACCACAGCCCAUACAGAAUAGUGCAGUUCUCCUCCUCCUCCAAAUUCUUCUCAACUUUGACAUCCUUCUUGCUGCCCCUUCAACUGGAUUCCAAGAGGAGAAGGGAUCUGGGCUUGAGAGCAUCCCUCAAAAGCAGCUGAAUCUGCAAAAAGAAUUUAGCAUCAGCUUAAAACUCUCACGGCAACUUCUCCACAAAACAAAGAACCUUACACAAUGCUAUCUCUCUGACCGUUUACCCGGAGUUCAAGUCACCCUUAUUUCCCACCUGGGGCUUCUUCCCUCAACCAGCAUUGAUCUUCACACAUGGAUCUCUCUUCCAGAUGCCAAGCGCCUGUCCCAGAUAGCAGAGAACCUUUCACUUUAUCAGGGAUUGGUGCAACAACUGAGGAACUUUGAAGCAGUGAAAGAAAAUUCCAAAUUUGCCUCUCAGUUUGAAGAUGUUGAUGAUAUCCUCCGAGAUCUUGGUCAUCAAGUGAAUUACCAGAUUUCACUUUGGGGCCUGCCAUCUAAAAUCCAGCCUGUACCAACUCCUCAGAUCCUUCAACACCAUAGCCAAUGGAGGAACCGCCAAGAAGUAUAUAUUGUCCUUCAUUCUCUUAAGAGUCUCCUGGUCCGUAUGGCACGAGAUUUUUUGAUGCUCAGGAUGAGGGUGACCAAAAGGACUUCAUUUUCCAGGACUUUCCAAUCUCACCAUUUCCUAUCUUAGUCCCUACCCCCUAUUCCAAAC